AUGUACUACUGUGCAGUCAAGACAGAGUUAAAUCAAGCGAAACACAAAGUACCCAACUAGCUAACUGGGUUGGAAAUAGAGAAUCCUAGAAGAACAAGAAGUCUGAGUGAAAAAAGAUGAGCAGAAGUGAAGAAGAGAGUACAAGCAACUUGAUGAAGAAGAAGGGGUUGGGCUGGAUUGAAUGGUUAAGAGGAUGGUUUAAUGUGAUUUAUGAGAUGUUGUUUCAGAGAAUCAUGGCUAGUCAUCUGGAGAAUCCAAUGCCUCUUCCUCCUCUCCCCCAAGAUUUCACUUGUAUUAUCACUGGAUCUACUAGUGGAAUUGGCCGAGAAAUUGCCAGGCAAUUAGCUGAAGCAGGGGCUCACGUUGUAAUGGCUGUACGGAAUACAAAGGCUGCUCAUGAAUUGAUUCUUAAGUGGCAGCAUGAUUGGUCUGGAAAGGGCCUUCCUCUUAAUAUCGAGGUAAUGGAGCUUAAUCUUCUCUCAUUGGACUCUGUUGCAAGAUUUGCUGAAGCAUGGAAUGCACGUUCAGGCCCUUUGCAUGUUCUCAUCAACAACGCAGGGAUAUUUUCUAUUGGGGAACCACAAAAGAUUUCCAAGGACGGUUUUGAAGAACACAUGCAAGUAAAUCAUCUGGCACCAGCCUUGCUUUCAGUAUUGCUUUUGCCAUCCCUUAUCAGAGGCUCUCCAAGUCGGAUUGUUAAUGUUAAUUCAAUAAUGCAUCAAGUUGGAUUCGUUGAUACUGAAGACAUGAAUGUCGUGACUGGAAAGAGAAAGUAUACAAGUUUAGUGGGUUACUCAGGCAGCAAACUAGCACAGGUCAUGUUUAGUAGCGUCCUCCACAAGAGGUUACCUGCUGAAGCUGGAAUAAGCGUAGUAUGUGUAUCUCCUGGAAUAGUUCAGACCAAUGUUGCAAGGGAUCUUCCCAAGAUUGUCCAAACCGGCUAUCGCCUGAUUCCAUAUUUUAUUUUCAGUCCUGAAGAAGGUUCUAGAAGUGCCCUAUUUGCAGCCACUGAUCCUCAAAUUCCUGAAUACUGCGAGAUGUUGAAAUCAGACGAGUGGCCAGUUGGCGCUUUCAUUUCUCAAGAAUGCCGUCCUACAAAUCCUUCUGAAGAAGCGCACAAUCUUGAAACUUCUUCCAGGGUGUGGGAGAAGACGUUGGAAAUGAUUGGUCUUCCGUCAGACACAGUGGAGAAGCUUGUAGAAGGGCAAGAUGUUAAAUGCAAAUAUGGGUCUGACGACUCUCAUCAAGACUAGUUCUCUUCUAUUAAAAUCUUACAUUUCAUGGCCAUCAAUCAAACGCAGAGAUUUCAUCAAUCAUCAUUUAAUUCAAAGGCCGUAAACAUCGUGUUAAACAGGAGGCGAAAGUCCAACUCACAGAGGUAUACUUGCAGUAAAUUCUACAUUAGGUGCUGAUGCAUUUUGAAAUACUUGGAAACGCAGAUUGAACAACUUCAUGCGCUUCCCAGAUUUGUGUAGCAGAAAGUCUGUGUAGCAGGAAGCUAAAAGUUCCAUAUUUCUGCUAUCCUAAACAAUGCAAGGAAAAGCAUAGUUGUAUGGGUUGACAACAGAUUUUAACACAAACAAGCUGCAUUAAGCUUCACCCUCCGAUCAUGAGUUUUUUGUUUAAAUUUUACUCCAUUACUUGAAUCAAUUGUUAGUUUUUGUUUGA